AGUUGCUGAAGCGGGGGAUUUGGUAGGGUGUGUUUCAUGUGUAGCCUCCACUUUUUCGUGAAGCCGAAGAGGUGAUGACUUCCCUGUUUGCAGGGAAGCCAGCCAUGCUGGCAUUCCUGCUGAUGUCGAAAUUGAGUCAUGGCCAAAUGGCAGUUGUCCACGACCUGAAAGCGGUCGGAGACUACUAUGUGCCAUUGGAGCAUGUAUGUGACGGAUACCAGGAGCAGUGGGACAACUGCCCAGACCUUGACAAGUGCGGGCCCUGCACGCCUCGUGAUUGUGUUCUGGGCCCUUGGAGCCCGUGGCAGCUUCAAGGUGGAUGCACGGGCCUACAGCUGCGCCAUCGUGAGGUGGAGGUCAACCACAAUCACUGCGGCAAGCCUUGCUUUGGAGUUCUGACUGAAACCGCCUCUUUCGAGCAAGCUGACAGCUGCAAGCCGAAGGGCCAAGACUGCAAACUUGGAUCUUGGGCCAUGUGGAGCACCUGCCAGAAUGAGAAGGAUCAGCAGUUCAGGAAUCGGUCCGUGGUAAUUUAUCCUCAAGAAGGUGGAAAAGACUGUGAAGGGGCCUUGGAGGAGACAAAGCCAUGUGGUGGGCCAAAGGAUACCAACUGCCACGUCGGGGAUUGGCAUGAAUGGACCACCUGUAGUUCAGUCUGCGGAAAAGGCAGGCACACACGAAUGCGAUAUGUUGUCGCAGAGGCUCACCAUGGUGGAGAGCCUUGCAAUCUAGAUCUGUUGGAGACUGCAGAGUGUGAGGUAGGCAACUGCGAGUCAAGCUCUGACUGUGAACUUACUGAAUGGAGCGAAUGGACUCUUUGCGACGAGACUUACGUCCAGUCCUACCGUCGCCGUGAGGUCAUCAAGGAGCCGGAGGGCAAGGGCCAGCUUUGCAAUGCCAGUCUCAAAGAGACGAUCGGCUGUGUGCCAACGGUCCCCACCGACUGUGAGCUUGCUAGCUGGCGGCCUUGGAGCCCAUGCACUACAAGUUGCAAUGGUGGCCAGCAGUUUCGAGACCGCAACGUCCUGAAGCCGCCAAAGAGAGGUGGAACUUGUCCAAAAGUACAGCUCCGGGAGACUCAAGGCUGUGGAACAGCUCCAUGCAGCCAUACAGGUCCUCAAGACUGCGAGCUGGACGACUGGGCAAGUUGGUCAGAUUGCACAACCACUUGUGGCGAUGGUUCCCGAAAGAGAUACCGCAAAGUGAAGCGAAUUGCCCUUGAUGGUGGCGAACCUUGUACAGGAGCUUUGCAAGAGGUAAAGGUUUGCAACAAGGAAGAUUGCCAGGCAGUGGAUUGCAGGUGGAGCGAUUGGGAAAGGUGGUCCACCUGUAGCACCUCAUGCGGAGGUGGUACCAAAACCAGGACAAGGAGCAUAGCAGUUUCUCCAAUGGGCGGGCAGAACUGCGAACCAAAGGACAAGGUGGAAGUAGCCCCUUGUGGAGAAGCACCCUGUGGUGGAGAGUGCCAGAAUGGUGAGUGGGGGGAAUGGCGCGAAUGGUCUCCGUGCAGUGCCACUUGCAAUGAUGCAUACCGUUUUAGGAGAAGGAACAUUGCACGUCACGCCAAUUACUGUGGCAAUGCCACAGUUGGUUUCAGAGAAGAGAUCGAAAGGUGCGAAGAGUUGCCCCCUUGCACGCCAGACUCGGAUUGUCAGACGGCAGAGUGGACGCCAUGGUCUUCUUGUAGCUGCCACUGCUUCGGCAUGCGAACUCGCUCACGCUACAUUUCCCAAUUUCCAUCCGGAAAUGGUGACCCUUGCUUCAAUGAGACGCUCAAGGAGAUUGAGCCCUGCAAUCCAGGUCCAGAUGAGCUACGGCCAGCUGACUGCAGUAACAUAAAACAGGUGGACUGCUUGCUCAACGAAUGGGAGGAGUGGUCUCAGUGCACUGUGACCUGUGGCGGUGGCCAGCGAAACCGUGUGCGUACCGUGGCGCAAGCCGCCAUGGGAGGUGGCAAGCCUUGCGUAGAGGCCUUGCUCCAGACAGAGGGCUGCCAUACGAUGCAUUGUGCAGCGGUCAGAUGCCAGGACUGCGUCUGGGGUGCUUGGAGCGUUUGGGGCAGUUGCCCCACCUGUGGCGGACAAAGGUACAGGCACAGGACGAUCGAAGUCACACCGAAUUUUUGUGGUAAACGCUGCGAUCUGCUAAGCGCGAAAGAGGUCUCGGAUUGUCCUAUGUCUCCAGCGUGCUCUGAGAGGCUCUUCUGUGCAUGGAACGAGUGGUCUUUCCCAAACUGCGAUGGAAGCUGCGGCACACGGCCAGCAAUGAUCACUCGAACUCUGGGACUUCACCGGAAUCUGCCGGUCGAUGGUGCCUUCUUCGAAGUGAAUGGAACUGCAAAGUGUGCUGGGGCGCAAGUGAACCAAACCGAGUGCCCCUUCACACAUUCUUGCCAGGAUUGCAUUCCUAUACCCUGCACAUUUAGCCCGUGGUCAGAGUGGCAGCAGCCAACUUGCGAAGGGCUUUGCUCGCGAAGUCGCGUUGUGCAGAACGUGAACAACGAGUGUGGCCAACCGUGCAUUGGGCCUUUGGAAGCUACCAAGAGAUGUGCUGCAGAUUGUCUUAGCCCUCUUGACUGCGAGAUCUCUGAAUGGAGCUCUUGGAGCGGUUGCAGCGAUCCGGGCCAGGCCAAUGGGCAGAGGUAUCGCAGCCGCGAGAUCAUUAGACAUCCGCGUAAUGGUGGAAAACCAUGUUUGGGCAUUUUGGAAGACACAGUGGGAUGCUCCCAGACCCUGCCACAGCCGUGUAUAUUCAGCGAGUGGGAGGAAUGGACAACCUGCACUGCUACUUGUGGAGACGGCUGGCGAAGCCGCUCAAGACAAAUCCAGGCUCAUGCACAUCGUGGCGGAAUGACCUGUGAUGGAAGUAUGAGGGAAUUCGAAAAGUGCAAAGGCGAAGGCGCGGCCUGCGAAGCCGGAAAUGCUGUGGACUGCAAGUUUGGAGAAUGGAAUGACUGGAGCACCUGUGACGUCAACAAGAUGAUGUACCGAGACAAGCGUGUUCUGCAGCCAGCAGAAAAUGGCGGACAGCCAUGUGUUGGUGAAACAACCCAAGGACAAUCUUGUGGUUUGUUGCCUGUGGAUUGCCGUAUGUCCCAAUGGACCGGCUGGGGCGAAUGUGACCGCACAUGUGGAGAAGGGCAGUCCAGGCGCCAGCGUCAAAUCGAACGGUUUGCACAGUUUGGUGGUCAGGAGUGCGACCCGAACCUGAUGGAGACCAGAGGUUGCGUUCAAAAAGAAUGCCCCAUGUGGAAUGCAGAGGUGAGUGAAUGGACGGAGUGGAGCCUGUGCUCGUUUACCUGCGGACCAGGACAGCAGAAGCGGGAGCGAAAGAUUCUGAAGGAACGUUCGCUGGGGGGCCGUGGCUUUGAGGGUUUUCUCGGAGAGUCCAGGCCGUGCCAUGGUGCAGCAGAAUGUCCACGACAGGAUUGUGUGUGGCAUGAAUGGGAAGAUUGGGCUCCUUGCAGCUGCAGCUGCGGGGGCGGCCAACAAGACCGAAAGCGCUUUGUGCUGCACAUGCCAGAAUCCGGUGGAAGACGUUGUGAGCCGAGUGACAAGAUUGAGUUGCGGGCUUGCAACACUCACUCAUGUCAUGGCGGAGGCUGUAGAGAUGGCGUUUGGGGCGCUUGGAGCGUUUGGGCAGGCUGUUCAGCAACCUGUGAUGGUGGUACCACGUACCGGACCCGAAGCAUUCUUCAGAAUGCAAGCGACUGUGGGUGCCCAGCACCUGGCAAGGCUCAUGAGACAGGAAUUUGCAAUCUCAAGUCGUGCUCUACACCUGCAGAUUGCAAGAUGACUCCUUGGACCAAUUGGGGUCCUUGCUCUUCCAGCUGCAAUGGCAUCAUGAAACGCGAGCGAAGCGUUGAGUCUUUUGGGACAGGUUCUGGCAUUUGGUGCACGGGCUCUUUGAAGCAAGUGGAGCGCUGCAAUCCUUCACCAGGCCAGGCGCCCACUGAGCAAUGUGAGGGUGGCGAUCCUGUCGAUUGUGUCAUGAGUGACUGGAUGCCUUGGAGCCAGUGUACUGCAAGCUGCGGAGGUGGUCAGGAUGUACGGACGCGCAAGAUCCUAAGACAUCCUAAGUUCGGCGGGAAAAGCUGCGACGGUGGUCUGGCGGAGAUGAAGGAAUGCAACCGCCACGCAUGUGGUGGCCCAGAGCCUGUGGACUGCACGUACUCAAGUUGGAAGCAGUGGGGUGACUGCGACAAGUGCAACGGCGAGCGAUCCCGGGUGAGGACCAUCGACGCGUGGCCUACCAAUGGUGGGAAGGAAUGCGCACCGAAAGGAACGAUGGAGAUUGGGAGAUGCCCGAGACGCUGCCGGGGAGAGAAGUUCUGCGAGUGGAGUGUUUGGGGUGAGUGGAGCGACUGCACUGUGACUUGUGGAAAAGGUGGGAAGCGACGCAGACGUCGACGCUUGGAGCUAACGCCGCAAGCACGGAACGAGCUCCCUGAUUAUGUAGCGAACGUGGUGGCAAAGUUUGGCACACUACGGGCUCAUGCGCAGGACCUCGAGUCACAUCAAAUGGCAGAGAUUGUGACGUCCUUUGUAGCUGGAUGCGUUUUCCUGAGCACUAUCCUUCUAGUGCUACGUGCCUGGCCCCGGGGACGGACACCCCGGACGGCUCAGCUGGGAUACCUUCCAGUAGAGGAGGCGUGAUCGUUGCAGAUAUUUCCAGGUACGGGACGUGCAGAGGGCAGCUGUUUCGCUGCAUGAAUGCCUCCUGACAUUUAGGCAAUUCACGAUUUGAUACUAUCCAUUGUCCAUUGUUGUUGAGGAGCAGUUCGUCGUUGAAGGGG